UCAAGAUUUCCAUCAAAGUAUAAAAGACAACAGAUCCGUUCAAAUGUGUAGUAUAAGCACUUCGUCUCUUGAUUAGUUAGUAUAGUGAUUAUUUUUAAAUUGUUUUACCUAUACCGUCUCCAAAUCUCCGGCAACAUAAUGAAAUCUUUGAUUAUCUUGAUGGUCGUGGUGUCUGUGGCCGUGGCCGACGAAAAGGGUACACCCAAACAGGAUAAGCGUCAAAUAUCUUCGUACAACAGCGGUACUGCUGCAACUAUCGCACAACCGUUACAAACGACGCAGCCUACAUCCGGUACAGUAGCGGUCAAUAAUGCACCUUCGUACCAACCAAGUUAUCUACCGACUUGUGUGGUACAACCGUACAGCAACAGCAUUUUCACCAAUCCAUCGGUCCCCGUUUAUCAGCCUCCGUACUAUAAUGGGCCCUCCGAGUCGUAUGUACCUCAAUACCAACCGCAACAAUAUCCAAUCGCUUAUCAACCACCACAAUAUCCGAUCGCAUAUCAGCCACCGCAAUACCCGAUCGCCUAUCAGCCAUCGCAAUAUCCAACCACGUAUCAGCCGUCACAAUAUCCGGCCACGUAUCAGCCUUCGCAAUAUCCGGCCACAUAUCAGCCGUCGCAAUAUCCGGCCACGUAUCAGCCACCACAAUCCGCUCCGAGUCCGGCGCCGUACUCAUACAGUUACUUCACUACGGCGGUCAACAACGCCAACAGCAACGCACAGUUGUCCACCACUAAGAAGUAAUACGUUUUUUAAACAUUAAUCCGGAGAAUAUGUUCAGGCUUAUAAUACGAUACUAUCAUAUACAUAUACAUAGAUAAUAUCUAUGUAUAUUUCUGUUAAAAUAUAAAUUAUAAAUUAUAUAAUAAAUGCAAACGGUUUUUUUUUU